AUGGGAUAUCAACAGCAGCAACAAUACUUCCCACCGCAGCCGAGCGUUCCACAACAAUACCCACAGCAGUAUCAAUCGUCCCCAAUGCAGCAAGGGAACUUUCAACCUCAACAAUUACAGAACGCGCAGCAGUUUCAAAAGCAAAUUCCACAGCAGAGGCCAUCAUUGGAGGAGACUAUGCAGUCCUUCAUGGAGAUCAGCAAGCAGAACACGGAGAUGACUAAGCAAAAUUUUGAGUCUCAAUCCGCCACAAUAAAAAGACUUGAGAUUACCGUGGGGCAAUUUUCGGGCACUUUGAACCAAAUUCAACAGCAGCAGCAGCCCGGGAAAUUUCAUGGCCAACCCCUGCAAACUCACCAGGCUCAAGUUGUCACUGUUCUUCGCAGCGACAAAAUGGUGGACAACAACGUGAAGGAUCCGGAGCAUACCAGAAAUUUAGAGCUGCCGAAGUCACCUCUGGCGAAGCCAGCUCUGCCGAUUCCAGAGAUGCCGAAGUCACCUCUGGCGAAUCCAGCUAUGCCGAUUCCAGAGAUGCCGAAGUCACCUCUGGCGAAGCCAGCUCUGCCGAGUCCAGAGAUGCCAAAGUCACCUCUGGCGAAGUCAGCUCUGCAGAAUUCCGCCGCACAAGGUUCAGUUCUGCCAAGUUCCACUCUGACGAGCCCUUAUGAAGAAGAAGGACCAGAGCAGAAGAAAAAGGAAGGAGCGAAGGAAGAUCAGCCAAAAGACGGAGUGAUGGAAGAAGGAAAAGAGGCCAAACUACACAAAUCCACUACACCUUAUCGGCCACCAAUUCCUUUUCCGGGCAGAUUGUGA